AUGGGACCGAAGAUGAGUUUGGGGGCUUUUCUCCUCCUCCUCCUCCUCCUCCUCCUCCUCUGCUUCCAUAGAUAUAUCUUUUGCACUACAUAUCAUCAUCGUCUCAUGAACGAUAUUGCUCCUCUUCCCUUGCUCUCCAAAGAUCAGAUAUUUAACUACGAGUUCUUAGCGGGAGAAAAAACAAAGGCUGCAAAAAGAAGAGUUCCAUGA